AUGUCGAAGCAGUGCUAUGCGCUGCACCUUCAGCGUGGAGAAUUGAGGUGGGUAUGCGCACACUGCGAGGCUUUGAUAGAGGAAUGUUCCCGCAUUCUGAGAGGAGCCUUGAUAGGGGCUGUGACCACCAAGUCACCACCAACCUCCAAUACUCGCGCACCGAGACCAGCAACGAAGCAGCUGGAGGCGGUGAAUCCUAGCGUUAGACAUACUGUGAAGGAAAAAAAUGGAAAGGAGAAAAUCACGGGCACAAUGGGAAAGAAACCACUCAAAGGGGCUACGGGUAAACCGUUGAAGUCCAUAGAAGUGACUGCACGUUCAGAACGGCUGGAGAAAGAACUCCAAGAACUGCAACGCAGCACUUAG